AUGGCGCCAAAAAGAUCCACACAUCGGCAUCGAUCUACCGAUUAUACUCUUGGACUCUUGAAUAAUAUCAAUGUCCUCCGGCGCAAUUCCACGGAUAUACAGGACCCUAAAAGGCGCCGCCGCACCACCGACACGGAUGUCUAUGAUGUUCCUCUCUCCCCUUCUCCGACAAGAACUCGAAAGACCCCUCAAACUGAACCGAAAAAUACCAACCGGUUGAGUCUGAGAACCCGUAAAGUGCCUAGGCCAUCACCACCGGUUUCACCCCCCAGCGUUUCUGAAAACAACGAAGACAAAGGGCCCAGCAACGACGAAUCCGGGUCAGGCGAUGACGAGUCCAAAUCAAUUCAAAAUGGAUCCGGCAGCAGUUUAAAGGAGGAACUGGAUGAUAACCGCGACGAGCUUCAGCCUGAGGUUGAACAUGAUCCGUUACCCGAACCAGUCGAUCUGUUCCCAGCCGAAGACGAGGAUCGAGCUGAUGGUCAGGUUGGUUACGAAGCUAGAAGUGCACAACAAGAUGUAUCCGGGGAUGGAUCUGGAUCUGAAGGAGAAGAAGAGAAGGACAACCAGCCUAAAGAGAAAUCUAGAGAUGCACAAGACAAUCCAUCUGAGGACGAAUCCGAAGAUGAAGAUGAUGAGGAGACGGAUGCUCAUGCUGGGGAGGAAGUCAUAGACGCAGAAGACAAUCUAUCUGAAAAGGAUCCGGAAUAUGAAGAUGAAGAUGAUGAUGAAGAAGAAGAAGAAGAAGAAGAAGAAGAAGAAGAAGAGGCAGAUGAUAAUUCUCCCGCCGAAGUCCAGAAUCAUUCAAUACCGACCCAGCAUAUUGCAAAUGCAGACACACCCGACGUGCAAAUCCCCGAAAGUAUACCAAGAAACCAAGGAGAUGGCGCACAUGUAAGUCGCAUGUCAAAAAAUACUCAAGGAUUCCAGAAUGCCUCGUCACAGCUUUUGGAAGUACCAGAAUCACCAACAAUCGAGCCAUCGCGCCCAAAUCAGGACCAUCGCAGCGCUCGCUCCGAUAUCUUCACGUGGCUGACCGAGACCACGAAAGAAUCUGGUUUCAAGGAGACCUGGGACGAACUUCGCAAGAUAAGAAAAAUUCUUAAGGCCCAAGCUGCUCCCGCUACAAAAGAGCAUUUCAUGGGCAUCGUAAAGCUCAUUCAGCGGCUACGAGGUGUGUUUGCAACAAUGAUCAAUGAUCCUGCUUCAGCUUCUUCCUUGAGAAACCAGUGCAGGCUCAUCGCCAACAGCAUCUUCAAAGAGAAUCAGUGGAUCAUUUACACCGAAGCCCCAGAGAAUGAAGAUGAUGGUGCCCAACUGGUCAAUCAGCUCGAAGCCCAUAUUGUUCCCCGACUGAUUGACCUGGUCAUACUUGGAUUCAAGACCUACAGGACAUUACAUGAUCGGGUGGCGCCACAUUUCCGCAUUAUCCUGGAUUUGCUUUGGGGUUCCUGUGAUAGGAUAUCUUCUCUCGUCGAGGUGAAUUAUGAUAUUAGUGCGGGCGUGGUGGCUCAUUCUAAAAGAGCGAUGCGACACGUGAAGGCUCUAAAGGAUGCACUGAAAGAUGGCCGACUACGUGAGACACCUCAUCGCAUGCCCCAACGCCAUCUACCAUAUCGGCCCUUUGAGUUGGAAGAGGUCGAUAGCCAUAUCUCCUGUGGACGGUGGAUCCAUGUAGAGACGAAUGCACUCCGUGAUGGUUUACAAUUAUAUGAGGGGGAAGAUCGAUAUAUUGAUAUGAAGUGUGACAACGCAAUCGGCGGUCAACUAUCCGAGCGCAUCCUGCAACAUAUCCAUGGCCAAGCCGUCAAACUCGGGUUGGAUGAUCCAUGA